UUAGGAGCAGUUGCAGUGGACAGAGAGAUGGGGAUGUGACCGGCCAUUGAGGGCAGCCAGGGUGCCGGUGAGCCCCCCCCAUCAGCUCGGUGAGCAGGCUGAGCUUCAAGGGGCUUCGAUGGAGGACUACAUGGCGGGGCACAACAAGGAGAAGCAUUGUGAGUGCGACGUGUGUGGCAAGGCCUGGCAGUGCCCGAGUGAGCUGGACAUCCACCGGCGGGUGCACACGGGCAAGAAGCCCUAUGGCUGCUCCACCUGUGGCAAGAGCUUUGCCCGGUUGUCGGGGCUACGGGGGCAUCAGCUGGUGCACAGCAGUGAGCGGCCUUUCACCUGCUCCGACUGUGGCAAAGGCUUCAAGUCGUCCAAGGACCUGAAGACACACAGCUGCCUGCAUACUAGGGAGUGGCCCUACACCUGCAGCUACUGCGGCAAGGGCUUCACCCAGUCCAGCAAGCUGCUGAGGCAUCAGCACACCCACAACGGCGAGCGUCCCUACAUCUGUUCCCAGUGCGGCAAGGGCUUCACCCGCUCCGACAGCCUGCUGGAGCACCAGCGCACCCACACCGGGGCGCGCCCCUACACCUGUUCUCAGUGCGGCAAGGGCUUCACCCGCUCCUACACCCUGCUGGAGCACCAGCGCACCCACACUGGGGUGCGCCCCUACACCUGCGCCCCGUGCGGCAAGAGCUUCACCCGCUCCAGCUACCUGCUGGAGCACCAGCGCACCCACACCGGCAGGCGCCCCUACACCUGCGCCCAAUGUGGCAAGGGCUUCACCCGCUCCAACAACCUGCUGAAACACCAGCGUACCCACACCGGGGAGCGCCCCUACACCUGCGUCCAGUGUGGCAAGGGCUUCACCCGCUCCACCAGCCUGCUGUUGCACCAGCGGACUCACACCGGGGAGCGCCCCUACACAUGCGUCCAGUGUGGCAAGGGCUUCACCCGCUCCUCCAGCCUGCUGGAGCACCAGCGGACCCACACUGGGGAGCGCCCCUACACCUGCGCCCAGUGUGGCAAGGGCUUCACCCGCUCCAACAACCUGCUGUUGCACCAGCGCACCCACACCGGCGAGCGCCCCUACACCUGCGCCCAGUGUGGCAAGGGCUUCACCCGCUCCUACAGCCUGCUGCAACACCAGCGCACCCACACCGGCUAGCGCAUUUUCACAUGUGCCCAGUGCGGCAAGGGCUUCACCCGCUCCACCAAGCUGCUGUCCCACCAUCGGGUGCAUGCCGGUGACCGUCCCGUCCCCAGCCCGGUGUGUGGAGAGCGCUUUGCCUGGGCCUCCAACGCCCUGUCUCAGCAGUGCACACCAGUGGCCAGCCCUACGACUGCCCGUACUGCGGUGAGGCGUUUGACAACUUGCGGGGAUUGCGGCAAUACUGGCGGGCUCACGCCGGCGAGCGGCUGCUCCCACUGCGGCAAGCAUUUCAAGAGCGCACGGGGGCUGCGGGUGCAUCAGUGGAUACACCCUUUGUAUCGCUGAGAGACUCUUUGUGUGAGUUGAGUAUGGUAAGGGUUUCACCCGCAUGUCCAGCCUGCGCAGCACCAGCGUACCCACAGCAGUGAGCAUGGCUUCCCCUGCCCCUCCCGUCCUGCCUUGACCACCUGAUGGAGCACCGGCGAGUCCACACUGGCCAGCGCUCCUUCGCCUGCCCACUCUGUGGCAAGGCCUUUGCCAGUUCCUCCGUCAUCCUAGGUCCUCUGGCCACUAAUACAUCUGGGAGAUUGUUUGUGAAGACAGAUCUAAAGUACCUGUUCAACAUGUCUGCCAGGCAUCUGGAUAGAAGUGAGGCAUCUAGAUAGUUCCAAGAUACAGGCGUUGGAGUAUGGAAUCCAACAAACAACUUCCACACAGAACACAGUGAACUCGCUGUUGUAAGAAAAACAAGCUUCCUUAUCUGUUUAAGAGGGAACUGCAGAUGCUGGAGAAUCGAAGGUUACACAAAAAAGCUGGAGAAACUCAGCGGGUGCAGCAGCAUCUAUGGAGCGAAGGAAAUAGGCAACGUUUCGGGCCGAAACCCUUCUUCAGACUGGAGAAGGGUUUCGGCCCGAAACGUUGCCUAUUUCCUUCGCUCCAUAGAUGCUGCUGCACCCUCUGAGUUUCUCCAGCUUUUUUGUGUAAGCUUCCUUAUCUGAUUAGAAUGUUGGCUUUGCGCCCAUAUCCCUUUACAUGCACAAGGAGGUAUCUCUUUGCUUGCUCAUGGACGGGUUCCAACCAAAAUUAUAAUCGGACUUAUGUGGCUCCAUUUUGUAACUGAUUAAUGAGAAAAAGUAUUUAAAUCCUUUCUUAGAAACAUAGAAAUUAGGUGCAGGAGUAGGCCAUUCGGCCCUUCGAGCCUGCACCGCCAUUCAAUAUGAUCAUGGCUGAUCAUCCAACUCAGUAUCCCGUACCUGCCUUCUCUCCAUACCCUCUGAUCCCCUUAGCCACAAGGGCCACAUCUAACUCCCUCUUAAAUAUAGCCAAUGAACUGGCCUCAACUACCCUCUAUGGCAGAGAGUUCCAGAGAUUCACCACUCUGUGUGAAAAAAGUUUUUCUCAUCUCGGUUUUAAAGGAUUUCCCCCUUAUCCUUAAGCUGUGACCCCUCGUCCUGGACUUCCCCAACAUCGGGAACAAUCUUCCUGCAUCUAGCCUGUCCAACCCCUUAAGAAUUUUAUAAGUUUCUAUAAGACCCCCUCUCAAUCUCCUAAGUUCUAGAGAGUAUAAACAUAGUCUAUCCAGUCUUUCUUCAUAAGACAGUCCUAACAACCCAGGAAUCAGUCUGGUGAACCUUCUCUGCACUCCCUCUAUGGCAAUAAUGUCCUUCCUCAGAUUUGGAGACCAAAACUGUACGCAAUACUCCAGGUGUGGUCUCACCAAGACCCUGUACAACUGCAGUAGAACCUCCCUGCUCCUAUACUCAAAUCCUUUGCUAUGAAAGCUAACAUACCAUUGGCUUUCU